AAACAUCUAGAAGCGAGCAGAUCUGGUUAAAUGUCUCUGAACUUCCGGUUGGUCUGAAGAUGCGUCGGUGGUCUCCUCGUCCUCCUCACAUGUUGGCUAAUUUCCUAAUGAAUCACCGCCUGCUGCCGCUGAGAGAAACAGAGAAACGUCAGAGUUUAUGCACCAAAAAGCUCCGAAACCCAAAUGUAAGCAGAGUCCAGCUGCGCGCACUUGUAAAGUUGUUAUAAUCCUGCUCUGACCCAUAAACAGGAAAAUACAUAAUAUAAAGCAUCUUGCGCACAUCUACAAAUAACGCAGACUGUUGUCCUUGUAAGGAAACGCAGCUUCUCGGGACAAAUAAAUCAAACUCUUCUCCAACAGCCGUUCAUUUUGGAUGUUUUCAUUCAUUAAACUCGCGUUUCAACAGAUUUUUCCUGUAUUUUCCAGUGAUGUUAACCAUGGAUGAAGGGUUAGGGUUAGUCUGUUUGUCCGCAGACGCGUCUGGCUCUCCUGUUUGCGCGUCCGAGGCUCCAGCCGCACGAGUGAGAAAACGGAAUUGGAGUUAUUUUGUGUGUUUUGGUUUGAGUGAAGCCGCAGCAGUGUUUGCUUGUUCUCUCUGUGUGAGCAUCUCGCAGCUCUGGGUGGACGGGAUAUUUCAAACAGCACAUCAGCGCGUUUAUGUAUUGGGUGCCCGGAAAUUUUUUCCAAAUAAACACAGCUUGAUUCGACCUGGGUGGGCAGACUUAUCAAGAGGCUAAUUCUGUAAACAGAUGAGGGAAUUCCGCGGGUCCUGAUUGGCUGCCGGUGGGGGGUGAGGGACUUUCAGCGCAAUGAAAUUUUAAUUGAUGUGGGUGGGCUGAGAACUCCGCCGACUGUUUAUGAUGGACGAUUUAUUUCCCAGCGCAAAGUCAACAGAACACAGCAAACCUACAACAAUUAUUAACCUUUUUCUGGGGGCUCAUGAAUCUGGGGACUCACUCAGAGAAGGAGAGGCGCUCCGGGAGGAAGCUUCUCUCACCGGGUCUCACCGCGUCAUGGCUCUGUUCCACAGCCGGCUCGGAGCGCCGCCGCCGGCCCUGGGCCUCUCCGGGCCCCCACUGAUCUAUGUGUACGGCGCGGACAGCAGAGGCGUCGUGCCCACCGCGCUGAGCUUCGUGCCGGGCCGCCAGGAGCCCCCGCAGAAGCCGCCCUACAGCUACAUCGCGCUCAUCGCCAUGGCCAUCAAGAGCGCACCGGCGCAGCGCGCAACGCUCAGCGGCAUUUACCAGUUCAUCAUGGACCGGUUCCCGUUUUAUCAUGACAACAAGCAGGGCUGGCAGAACUCCAUCCGCCACAACCUGUCACUCAACGACUGCUUCAUCAAGGUGCCCAGAGAGAAGGGCCGGCCGGGCAAAGGCAGCUACUGGACCCUGGACACCAGGUGUCUGGAUAUGUUUGAAAACGGAAACUACCGCCGGAGAAAGAGGAAGGCCAAGAACCAGCAGGGGAUUCUGGACUCUAAAGACCCCGGAUACAAGCGCAUCAGGGUCCCGGGGCCACCCAGAGAACACCAGAACUCCCACGGACAUCCGGGUGACAGAAGGACAACGCAGGCACCCGGAGAUGGUGAGGAGGUGAAAAACACGGAACCAGAAACUAAAACGGGUCUUUUUGAGGUGAACCACGUGGUGCAGCAUCAGAAUCCUCUCCUACACAAGCAUAAAGCCCUCCAGAACCAAGACCCCAUUCCCUCCGGGGAGAGGAGACCGGACGGCCCGCAGACAGAGACCCGUUCCGCUCAGCUGUGGAUGGAUGGCGCGCAUCUCCACCAGGAACCGGUGUUCAGAGAGAGGGAUCCGCUGUGCGCAGUCAGCUAUGCUGGAUACACGAACCGGUUCCCGAAAGGAUCCGUUCAGAGAAGAGACAGAUCCAAAGGUUUUACGAUCGAGAGCAUCUUAUCAAAGAGCGAAGAGGAAACGCGCAGCCGCACCGGAGAUGCGCCAGUGGAGAGUUCGUUUCUCAGCCCGUCUGGGCUCUUCACUGCUCCACAGAACCACUGGUACCGGAUAGGACUCCCCUUCUGCUCUUACCUGUCACUCACAUGCCCGGAUGACACGCUGCGCUUUAAAUGAGCCCCGCGAAGAAUCUUUGGCGUUUUUACGCACAGAUGCGUAAAAAUGAGCAGAUUUAAUAAUGAGCUGACUCAGGUCUUUUAUUAGUCCUGUGUCAUCAUCACCCCUUCUUUGUUCAGACCAGAACCCAAAACCAAAAACGGAAGCCUCACUGUCAUCUUUACGCAUGCGUAAUUGUGAUUCGCUCUUUAAUUCGUUUUUGUCUCUGAAGUUUAGGGACAGUUACGCACUGCUUCUCAUCACGUCAUGGUCGAUUGAAAUAUUCAGAGCAAAUAUUCUCUGUGUGAAGGACUCGCGACAUGGUUGGGGCACGGAGCUGCCACUCAGUAAAAAGAGAUGUUUGCAGGAAACAAAGUGUUUCUUCUAUAAAGGACCAAAUAUUCUGUUCACGAGUCAAUCCCAGAAUCAUCUGAGUGAUGAAGGAUGAAGGAUCAGAGGAGGUCCAUCUUUUCUUCUCUGGAAAAUAAAACAAACAAUAAACUGAGUCUAAAAGAUGCGCGGAGCCUCGAUCUGCAGCUGGAGUUCAGGAGGAUUGGACUUCAGUGUUCUUCUUUUUUAUGGACUUUAAUAUCAAAUGUUUUUUCUUCUUCAACUGAGAUGUUUGAAGUUUUCACACAAAAUUAUCUUCAUUUGGAAAAAAUAAAUCAUGAUAAUAAAGUUAAUCACAAAAACUUUUUCUAUUGAAUAAUGUGCAGAUGUUUAAAGUUAAAUUUGUUUUAACACAAAAACUUCAAACCGAAUCUAAAUCUGAGCUGUUUUGGUUUUCAUUUAAUCUUUUUUCAUUUCAAAUUCCUCUUCAUGGAAAACCAAAUAAAAACAAAUAAAUCCC